GCUUAUUUAUAUUACGAGUAUUUGAUAUUUUUUUAUUAUUAUAAUCUCCAACUGUUGAAAAAUGCCAAAGUGUUGUGUCAAAGAUUGUGGAUAUCGCAAUGAAUCCUUAUUUAGUGUGCCUAAAAAUUUAAAAAAUGAAUGGGAAAUAGCACUAAAUAUGAAUUUAAACCACAAUUCAAGGAUAUGUGCUACUCACUUAAAUCCAGAUGAUAUUAUUUCAACGUGGGAAUGUGGUGUUGGUGCGAGUAAAUAUUCUAUUUGUUUGAAAAGACCAAAGCUUAAAGCUGGUACAAUACCAGUUAAAAUAUUGAAAAUUAAUGAAGAUUUAAUUUUUUCAAACAAUGAUGUACAUUGUGUACAACAUGAUCAUACAUACUUCAAAUAUGAAAAUACACCUGAUUCUCAAUCAUAUGAAACUCAGCAUGCUGAGGGUAACUAUUUAUUAAAUUAUCGAUACUUAACUAGACAAAUGCAAAAUGUUUCAGAUAAUUCUUUAAAAGAGUUAUUAGCUAAUUCUGGUGUAAGUGAUAUACAGGGUGAACUUAUUAGACAUUUUUGCCACAGCUAA